CCCAAUCAUGUGAUUCAGGUGCUCCAAUCCCCUCCCAAUCAUGUGAUUCAGGUGCUCCAAUUGCCUCCAUAUCAUGUGAUUCAGGUGCUCCAAUCCCCUUCAUAUCAUGUGAUUCAGGUGUUCCAAUCCCCUUCAUAUCAUGUGAUUCAGGUGUUCCAAUCCCCUCCCAAUCAUGUGAUUCAGGUGCUCCAAUCCCCUCCCAAUCAUUUGAUUCAGGUGUUCCAAUCCCCUCCCAAUCAUGUGAUUCAGAUGUUCCAAUCCCCUCCAUAUCAUGUGAUUCAGGUGUUCCAAUCCCCUUCAUAUCAUGUGAUUCAGGUAUUCCAAUCCCCUCCCAAUCAUGUGAUUCAGGUGUUCCAAUCCCCUCCAUAUCAUGUGAUUCAGGUGUUCCAAUCCCCUCCAUAUCAUGUGAUUCAGGUGUUCCAAUCCCCUCCCAAUCAUGUGAUUCAGGUGUUCCAAUCCCCUCCAUAUCAUGUGAUUCAGGUAUUCCAAUCCCCUCCCAAUCAUAGUCAAUAGCUAAAGACCUCCAAACUUGGUGUGGCCUUCAGAUGAGCCCAACAACAGUGCGUAGAGAGCUUCAUGGAAUGGGUUUCCAUGGC